UCAAAACAAAAGCGUUCAGAUAAAGAGAAAACAUGGCUUCAGUUGCCAGGGUUUUAGCAUCGUUCUGUGCGAAAAAGGGUAUAGCUUUGAAGCCACAUCCCAUAACAAUCCAACGUUCAUUCUGCGACAUAACACCGAAUCCCAAUCCUCUUCUCGCGAUAUUGCUUAAGGAACCAAGUUCACGAAUUAAAGUUUUAUUAGAUUCAGAGGACUCUUCAGACCUCAAAAGCCUCGGGUAUUCCUGGGACGCACUCCUCACUUCUCUCGGGUCUUUGUCUCCUCAGAAGGCCAAGCUGGUUUUGGAGUGGAGAUUAGAGAAAAUGCUGAAGGAUAAUGUGAGAGACCAUGAUUCCUUCUCUGAGUUGAUGUCCCUCUGUGGAAAUGUUCAGAGUCUCCCUCUUGCCAUGCGUGUCUUUACUUCUAUGGAGGCUCAUGGAGUGAAGCCAACUUCUUCUGUCUUCAAUUCGCUUAUACAUGCUUGCUUGUCUUCAGGUAAUUUAAUGACAGCCCAGAGCUUAUUCGAGAUGAUGGAGAGAUCAGAGGGCUACAAGCCUAAUUCUGACACUUAUGAUGCUUUCAUAUUCGUGUUUUCAAAUUGGGGAAAUGCUGCUGCAAUGCAAGCUUGGUACUCUGCCAAAAAAGCUGCUGGGUUCUCUGCUGAUAUUCAAACCUAUGAAUGUAUGAUUUCGGGUUUUGUUAAAGGAAGAAAUUACGAUGAUGCUGAUAAAUUAUUUAAAGAAAUGACGGUGUCUGGAGUAAUGCCCAACAUACCCAUAUUGGAUAAUAUGCUUGAAGUGCUUUGCAAGUGGAGAAAUUUUGGUCAAGUGAAAGAUUUCAUUAACUUUGUGCUUGAUGGUGAGCGGGAAAUUAGUAGCAGAAUGGCCGAGAGACUUGUGAAGUUUUAUGUCGAAGUGGGGACUGUGGACGAUAUGGAGGAUCUCCUUGUAACUUUGAUGAAUGCCAAUCAAAUUUCCGAGAUUUUGUCACGGGUACACUCUGCGAUCAUAGGGAUGUAUGCAAUGCAAGAUAGAUUGGACGAUGUAGAGUAUUCUGUUGAUAGGAUGUUAAAACAGGACUUAUCAUUCAACAGUCCUGAUGAUGUUGAGAAGGUAAUUUGUUCUUACUUCAGAAGGGCAGCUUAUGACCGGCUAGACGUAUUUUUGGAACAGAUAAAAGAUUAUUACGUGCCCAGAAGGUCGACUUAUGAUUUGUUGAUAGCUGGUUAUCGAAGAGCAGGUUUAUCAGAAAAAUUAGAUAUUGUGAUUGAGCAUAUGAAAUCAACUGGAUUGUCAUAGCAACCUGUAUUGUGUUCAUAGCAAACUGCUAUGAUCUUCAAUGUGCAUCCAUGUGUAGUAGCAUCGGAUGACAUGCAUCCUAAUGCCUUUGUGUCACAAUUCCCGGAUGAAGGAACUGGGCUAUGGGCCCUAGGUCCGUUUAAUGUCAUUUACAAUUUCACACUCGGCAUGUAAUUGGGCCUUAAGAUAGCUAGUGGGACCUGGGCUUUAGUUUUACUCUAUUGUAUGUCUUUAGUUGUGUUAGUCUGACCCCAUGUAGGGAUCAUCUUCUUUAUUUAAGAGCCAAGGGCUCUAGGGUUGAGACAUUCAGAAUAGUUAAUGCAAAUGUUACUUCUUC